AAGCGAAUGUCAUUGGUGCGCUGCGCAGCAUCAGGAGACCUGUGGCUCAUCACUGGAGUACAGCGGGAGAUUCCUUUCACGCGCAUUACAGCUACACACUGCAGAACGCGCACUCGUUCUCUCUGCACGCGCACUUGUGUGGAUGAAUUAAACGUUAUUAUAGCUGAAAGGAAAGUUAGAUAUUUAUUUAUCACGAGGAAUCACUAUGGAUUGCUCUGAAGAGGUGCAUUCACUUUCAGAUGAAGCCAGCACUCCCAUCGAGUUAAAGAAAGGAAUGUCAAUAUUUCUGGAUAUACUGAGAAGAGCUGACAAAAAUGAUGAUGGGAAGCUGUCCUUUGAUGAGUUCAAGGCUUAUUUCUCAGAUGGUGUUCUGUCAGGAGAUGAAUUAAAGGAGCUUUUCCAUACAAUUGACACUCAUAACACAGAGAAUGUGGAGACAGAUGAGCUGUGUGAAUACUUCUCUCAGCAUCUUGGGGAAUAUGAAAAUGUCCUUGCUGCCUUGGAAGACCUGAACGUAUCCAUACUGAAAGCCAUGGACAAAACCAAGAAGGACUACCAGGAAGCCACGCAUCUGGAGCAGUUUGUGACACGUUUCCUGUUGAAGGAGACCACCAGUCAGCUGCAGUCUCUCCAGAGCUCUCUGGAGUGUGCCAUGGAGACCACAGCUGAGCAGACCCGGCAGGAGAGACAGGGUCCUGUGAAGCCAGAGGUUCUGCCCAUUCAGUGGUCAGGAAGGAGAUCUAAUCGAAGACUUCAAAGGAAUAACAGCUUGUCUCCAAAUAACCCACUUCUGAACCUUGUCAAUUCAGGUCUGUAUGAAGAGGACAAUCAGUGGAUGACUCAGAUCAACAGACUGCAAAAACUGAUCGACCGUCUUGAGAAAAAGGAACUGCGUUUGGAGCCUGUGGAAGAGGAGGUGUUGGAAAGCACCACCAAAUCACACAUCCUGAUCGUGCAGAGACAGCUGUCCGUGCUGGAGGAGGAAGUGGAGGAGUUUCGUCUGGCUCUCAGGCAGUACAUUGACUGUGCCAGCACCCAGACUGGCUGCCUCCACAUUGCAGUUCAGCGGCUUGCCAAUGAAUCCCGCUUCAUACUGUACGAGUUCUGGGAGCAAAGCAACGUGUGGAAGAAUCAUCUGCAAACCAAUUACAGCAAAACCUUCCAGAGAGGUAAUGUGGAUUUCUUAGAGACACCAGAGAUUAUGACGACUAUGCUGGUUCCAGCAUCAUGGUGGGUCCUCAACAACAACUAAGAUUUGUCGACUCGCAUUAGGUGACACCAGACAUAAAUGAGGACCUCACAAGCCACAAAGACUGACAUCUGGAUCCCUGUCAUCAGGAAGUGAGCACUUGAGUUCAUAUUUGCUGUAUAGUCAUAGUGACUAGCACUUGUUUUCCAUGUUGUUACAUUAUUAGCUCUAUACGAGUAGUGUACUGUAAACUGUAGACAAUAUCAAAUAAAGCAAUGAGAUCUUUGUACUGAUGAUAGCACUCCAAUCCCAUCAGAGUUGCAUAAGCUAUGUGUCCAUCUGUGACGUGACAGUACAGUGAUGUGUGCUGUCGGUCUGUCUCUUCACGUAGCAGUUCUUGUGAUGUCAUUGUUCCCGAACACAUCAGAGUCCCUGACACGACCGUUCCUUAUGUAGUUUGUCAGCUCUGAAUAAAAAUCAAUGUGACCAACCACAAUUUUCGUCUUAAAUUUUGCCAAGUGAAGGUAGUUUUAAGUGGUUAAUAAAGUUUCUAAGAUGAUGUACUGGCUUGUAUUUUAUUUAAUCUUUAUUGGGAUUUUUCUACAUGUAAUCAUAUGGAGUUUCGAGAUGGCGACAGCAUAUUAAAGCUCUUUUUGGUCCACUGAGAGAGAGCACUGAUUGUGCUUGACUAUUUCCCAGAGCCAGAUGACUCACUGAGUCCUUUUAUGACUCAUUACAUCCAUCUCUCAAGAAGCAACACUGCCAUCCAGUGGAUGGAAAGGGUCAGGAUUUCAUGAGCGCAUGCUCCAAAAUUAGUCAUUUUGUUCAAAGGAGUUCACAAAUUUGUUAACUUUAGUUGUGUAGAAAUUGUGAAUUCCUAAAUUUUACAUUUGACUUGUUAUUGUUAUUUUCAAAAUUGUCAAACUUUAUUAUCUAGUUUAAAUUUUAUUUUGCAUACCAUACUAAAAUUUAUUUUGCACACCAUACUAAAAUUAACUAAAAUACUUGUACUUAUAUGACAUUUUAUUGACAAGAACUUAUUACUUGCCAAGUAUUUAACUUAU